AUGGGAUUCCUUUGGAUUUUUGGCUUCCUUAUCUUGCCGGCGGCAUUCUCACAAAGCACAGUCCCCACUGCAGGCAAGGACAACACGUGCCCUUUCAUUCUUGGAAUGCCUGGGAGCAAUGGAUUGCCGGGUCCAACAGGAGAGAAGGGUGAUCAAGGUACAGUUACAAAGACUUGUCAGGGAUGGGCUUAGUGCAGGUAUGUCCAAAGUCUAUUUUAAGGGCCUAAACCUGGUUUAAUCUGGCCCCUGUGGCAGUUUAUUUCCUGGGGUAAAAUCCUAAAAAAAACUCAACAACGUCAAUCCUUAAAAAAUGACUGUUGUGUACUAAGGACCUUGGUCAGCAAUGGCUGCUCAUCGCCUUCUUGGGGGCGACGUUUGUGGCCCCUUGCACUCCAGCCUCUUUACCUCACACACUGACCAGCCGUUGCAGGGAAUUCCCUAUGCCCUGGGGAUGGGGGCAGGUACCCAUUGAAGACCGUGGCAGCCCAGCCAGCGGCUGCGUCGCCAGGGCAGAAACUUGCUGGCUAUCCGGACAUUGGCCCGUGCCCUGCCCAACCAGGCAGCACUGCUUUAAAAGGCCCAUUGCCUGGUGGAGCUCUACAGCGCUGUCGGCCAUUUUAAAUUCCAGAUCAUUGCCUGCCUGCGUUUGUACUCUCCCACUUCACCUUAGAAUGGGAGCAAGAGGGGAGGGACCACAACUGGGAAACCAUCUGAGGAGGGAGCGAAGUGACCAGCAUUGGGAUGCUACCACUGUGUGUGUGUCUCCAAACUGGACCACUGUCAUUUCUGCCGCCCCUGACACUAUCCUAAUUGUCACUAUUGGGGGAUACCCCUCUUGGCUUUGGUUUGGUAUCUAGGGGGCCAAUGGUAGCCCUGAUGGGAUGGGAUACGGCUGCCGAUUCUUACAAUAAGGCAAUCUGAGGUGAGCUUCGUGGCUCAGUGUAAAAGAAGCCACUAGCCAUUAGUCAGAACUUUCCAAAACAAGUAUUUCUGUAUUUGAUGCCGAAGUAUGAGCGCAUCACCACCAGAAUUGGGCCGGCCGCUCAAGGUUUGAUCGGCAUCUAAAAGUUUGUCCAUGCAACGGAUGUUCUUGUAGAACUUGACCAUGGAUUCGUAUUUCUUACUUCCUGUUAUUCCUCGUGUUUCUUGCUGUUCAUUUAAUCCUUUGAUUUCCAGGACCCCAAGGAAUUCAGGGACCUCCAGGAAAAGCUGGGCCUCAAGGCGAUAAAGGAGAUCGGGGUCUAGUAGGUGAAAGAGGACCAAAGGGAGACCAUGGAGCAAGAGGUAGGAGCCUAUUCAUAGAUUAAAGUAAAGGUAAAGGUACCCCUGCCCGUACGGGCCAGCCGUGUCCGACUCUAGGGUUGUGCGCCCAUCUCACUUAAGAGGCCGGGGGCCAGCGCUGUCCGGAGACACUUCUGGGUCACGUGGCCAGCGUGACGAAGCUACUCUGGCGAGCCAGCACCAGCGCAGCACACGGAAACGCCAUUUACCUUCCCGCUAUAAAGCGGUACCUAUUUAUCUACUUGCACUUAGGGGUGCCUUCGAACUGCUAGGUGGGCAGGAGCUGGGACCGAAAGACGGGAGCUCACCCCACCGCGGGGAUUCGAACCGCCGACCAUACGAUCGGCAAGUCCUAGGCACUGAGGUUUUACCCACAGCGCCACCCACGUCCCUAUUCAUAGAUUAGCUACCUGCUAAUCUGCCAUCUUUCUUCUCUGGUGGACAAGUCAUUCUGGGCACUGAAGAGACAACCACUGAAUGCAACCUGCUUUCAUGUAAGAGUAUUUGCGAAGUACAAGACAUCAUCUCAAUGGCUUCACUUUCCUUCACCAGGUUAGUAGUAAAGUUACAGCCACCUGAAAUCAAGAUAUAAUUUCACCUAAAGCAAACAAACAUUGCCUUUUCUGUGGCUGUAUCUGCACUGUGAGGGAGUACGUUUAUUCUGACAAAUAAUUACAGAGAAAGAUCUCACCUUGUGGCGACAUUUCCUUGUGACAACUGAUGAGAAAAUCCAUCACUUCUAAACUAACUGCACAUUUAUUUUGGUUCUAUCUCUAUUAUACCACAAGAGGGCGCAUUUAAACCAACUAGUAACAAAUGACCAAAGAACAAAAACAACCCAAAAGGGGAAAUGCCACUUCCUGGUGACUCUUCAAAAAACCUGACUCUGGAAAAUCUGAUCUGAUAAACUUAUAAUAGAAUUGUAGAGUUGGAAGGGUCCCACGGGUCAUCUAGUCCAACCCCCUGCAAUACAGUGGUACCUCGGGUUAAGUACUUAAUUCGUUCCGGAGGUCCGUUCUUAACCUGAAACUGUUCUUAUCCUGAAGCACCACUUUAGCUAAUGGGGCCUCCUGCUGUCGCGCCACUGGAGCAUGAUUUCUGUUCACAUCCUGAAGCAAAGUUCUUAACCUGAAGCACUAUUUCUGGGUUAGCAGAGUCUGUAACCUGAAGCGUAUGUAACCUGAAGCAUAUGUAACCUGAAGCAUAUGUAACCCGAGGUACCACUGUGCAGGGAUCCUACCCACAGCAAUCCCUGAGUGGGCUCGAACCACCAACCUUCCCAGUGAACAGCCAGACGCACUGACCCAUUGCACUACAGAAAGCAUCCGUCACUGAAAGAAGAUGGUUGUCAGUACAAAGACCUAGGUAGACCAGGGUUAUCUGGUUGUUUCAGUUUCAAAAAAAUCUAAGUGUACACAUUUUGUAAACCUAUAAAAGGAGCAUUCCCAUGGUCAGGGGCUCCAAGACUUGCCCACACUGUAUUUCCCCAGCUAUCACCAAGAAAUGCCCACAAUAGGCUUUAUGCCAGUCAGUUUGGAAUAACGGUUGGCUUUUUUGCUCAUUAUAUAACAAUAAUGUCAGUAGUUUAAGACUCCCCUCUCUAUAGGUACUCAGUUGCUGAUGCAGUUCGUCCUACACCUAUUAGGAAGUCUGCCUAAAUGCCUCCAUCUAUGUCAUUCCUAUAAUAGCAUACCUGGUGGAUAUAGUACAGGCAUAGGCAAACUCGGCCCUCCAGUUGUUUUGGGACUACAAUUCCCAUCCAUGACCACUGGUCCUAUUAGCUAGGGAUGAUGGGAGUUGUAGUCCCAAAACAUCUGGAGGGCCGAGUUUGCCUAUGCCUGAUAUAGUAUCAUGUUUCCAUCAUGAUCUGCUAAGAGUGCUGUUAGAGAAACCACACUGGCAAAAUCCUUUACCUGCGCCACAAUCAGGGUGAGAACAAUCACAUCUCAAACAAGAUAUGUGGGUCCAAGUUCCUAAUAGGUGGUGGUGGUGAUUUGCAGCAUUUGCACAGAGCAACCGGGAUUGCAUUUGCAUAGUCCUUUUAAAAACAAACAAACACAAACAAACAAACAGGAAUCUAUUUAUUGAGCUGACUUAAGUCUGAUAAUACUUACCCAUUUUGCUUUAAUUUUGAUCUACUGUAUCUCCAAUUUGUGUUUUUGGAAAAGUUUACUAAAGAAAUAGAAUAAAGAGAAACCAGAAUCCUGCUGAGAACAAACUAUUUAGUGGAGAAAAAUAAAUGGAGGUGGCCUCAAUCACCAGCUCUGGGACAGCUGAUUGAUAGGAUUCCAGUUUUGGUUAGUGUGUGGUUUUUGGAGAUGUUAAUCAGGUAGGCUUGCAUGAAAAUGUGAAGCAAACAAUUUCUUCUCCUGCCCAGCUGAAUCUAGGCAAAAAUAGUUUCGUUAGACAACUGGGGUCAUCGACUUGUUUUUAAAUCAGCAGCUUUGACUUCUGAACUGCAUUACUUGCUGGGUUUAUUAAAGUACUUUUUCAAAAACUGAGAAGCAGAGGCGGAGAAUCCAGAGGUUUUUGACGUUGCACUUGUGGCUUAUCACAGAGGUGGUUCCUCUCGUCAUGCUUUUCUCAGUAUAUGCUUUGCAUCUCAAUAUUAAGAAUUUUGUCUUUAUUGUUACAUCAUUUAGAACUUCAGCAACUGGAAUCUGAAGUGGCCCAUUUGAAAGAACAAGUGGAGGCUCUGAGAAACGCUAUGCUCAGGAACCAAAAUGGUGAGAAAAUGGAGUGGACUGGCGAGAAUGUGGAUAUCAGAUAUCAUUUUCUGUGAAAUGCAUGAAGUUAUCUAUCAAGUGUCCUGCAGAGGGACCUACAUGUUGAUUUUAAUAUGAUGCAGCCUAAAUCCAGCUGCUCUGGCUCUUGGAGUUAAAGCUCUGAGAGAUAAUUUAUAAAAUCAACAGAUUGUAAGCUUCCUCAGGACUGUACCACUUCAAGUGGCAAGGGCAGGGUUGCCUGUCUGAAGGUUCCCCAACCAAAAGGGCAAAACAAUCUCCUUCUGUAUAGAUUAGUUUGUUAGGAAGGAAGCUCAGCUGAUCCUACUCAGUGCCGGAUUUAAGUAUAAGCUAAACAAGCUAUAGCUUAGGACCCCACUCUCUUGGGGGUCCCCCAAAAAAUUAAAGGGGGAAAAACUGGAUGUACAUUUUGAAAAUGUAAGAUAAACUUCUUAAUUGUAUUUCAGUUCAACAAUUACUUUGAUAAAAUACAUAUUUUGUUAUGUGCAAAUGGCUUUAGAUACCUAUUAGGUCCAUAAAUUACACUUUUAGUGUAUUUUUGGUCUUCGUUGGGAGCCGCCCAGAGUGGCUGGGGAAUAUAAUAAUAAUAAUAAUAAUAAUAAUAAUAAUAAUAUAACAUAUAACAUAUAUUCAACACAAAAAAGUGAAAAUUUGUUGUUGAUAAAGGACAGCUAGACAUAUAAAGGGUCCCAUUACCUUCAAUAGCUUAGGGCCUCAUCAAACCUAAAUCCGGCCCUGCUACUGACUGUAUCUAAAACAGCCCUGAAGGUGGGUUUGGGCUGUCUGUCAUGCCACAACAAACACACAGCUGCUAACAAAUUCUUCACUGCGGUGUUACUUUACUUUAUUUGAAAGUUGAACUGCCAACUGAGGGAGGGCCCCUACUGUCUAAAAUGGUAACUGUGUUGGCUUUACAUUGCUAAUAAGGUCGUUAGUUCUGAUUUGCUAUCAUUGAGUUAAACCUGAUUCUGACUUUGGACGUGGGGAUUAGACAUGGGAAGAACUGCUAAGCUUCUUAUGACCAAAGCAUUAAUUGUAUGAUUUAUGACAAACCUGAUUCCCAUUCAUAUUUGUACAUAAUUAUAUAGUUAAAGUCCCAGCAGGUUUAGCAGCUGUUCUAACAACAGUGGUUUACAUUUCCCAAGGGCAUUUCAAACCAGCAGAGAGACAGUGCACUCUGAUAAGUCCCCACACUAAAGAUUACUCAAAUAUCAAUGUGAACUCGUAAGGUUCAAACUAAAAGACACUACCCAAACUUCAUCUUAAUAAACUAAGCAUCAGCAUGAAUCAACAAAAGUGGCAGAGAGUACUGUGUCACCCAUUAGCUAGCUAAAAUGUAAGCUCAAAAUACAUUUUCCAUCAAGUUCUGUGAUUCUUUCAACUUGUAAGAUGCAAGUUGGUGUGGAAGAAAGAUGUGUUUAAUCCUUUUCCAGUAAAGGGAUCAGACCAUACCUUCUUAUUGCUUCUCAUUGCAGAAGACCCCAAGUGCAAUCCCUGCUAUAUCCUCUUAAAAGGAUCAGGGAUCAUAGCAUCUUUUGCUCAACCUAGAGCUUCCGUUUGUACAACCUUCCCAGACUGCCUUGCACUAUUAGAAUAACUAAUCAAGUACCAUUCAAUGAAGCCAAAACUUAAUGCAGCUGUAACUGAUUCUCUAUUCCUCUAGCUCAUUUAUUCCCAAAUGGCCGAAGUGUUGGUGAGAAGCUAUUCAAAACCGACGGCUCCCAAGGCAGCUUUGAGGCAGCCAAAGCGACCUGCUUCCAGGCCGGUGGUCAGCUUGCCUCUCCGAGGUAUUCUGCUGAGAACGCAGCCAUCCAGCAAAUAGUUGCUCGUCACAACAAGGCAGCUUAUCUGGGGAUGAACGACUUGCAGUCAGAAGGCACGUUUGCCCACCUGAACGGCAAUGAAGUCAAUUACACCAACUGGGCAAGCGAAGAGCCAAACAAUGCUGGCGGGAAGGAGGACUGCAUUGAAAUAUUUCAGGAUGGCAAGUGGAAUGACAAGUCCUGCACAGAAAGACGGUUAAUAGUGUGCGAGUUUUAAUCUUGGCUGCCAACUUCUGCCCAGUUGCAAGAUAUGCAAGAUCUCCAAUCGUAUUUGGGAAUAUCCAAUGCGAACCCUGUUAGAGAAUAGGGACUAUCCACUGGCCCCCAGUUCCUGUACAAAGCAAGAAACCAUCUCCUCCACUCUGUCUGUAUUUUGACAUAGUCCUCUUUUUACGCAACUCAGGCAUCCAUUUCAAGAGACACAACACACAAUAGCCUGUUUGCUCAUUACGGUACCAUCUUGCUCACUCUGAAGCCACACAACGCAAUAGCAAACCCAUGCAUUCCCACUUGCUCAUUCCACCUGCGAUUUCCACUUGUUUAUUCCAGUAUUUAUGGAAUAAUAACCUGAUUUAUGACAUCUGAACACCGGGAGUGACUUAACCUGCAGAAUCAGUUGGGAAAUCUUUCUGUCCCUCCUCCAUUUUUGGCAUUGAUUUCCACCAUUUCCUGGCCUUUCACUUUCUGAAAUCUCAGAUACUUCACCAACUACCCCCCUCCCCCCCCUUAUUGUUCCAGUUGUUAUGGAACAACAUUUUUCUUUUGCAUUUCCCCCAGGGAUAUUUCAAACGUGCACUUAUGCAGGUGUGUACAAUACAGCGUCCUACAUGCACAGAGCCGCGCACCUCUGCUUCUUCUCAUUUUAUUUUUGUUACUUUAAAUAUGUGGCACAAAUAGCCACACAGGCAGUAGCAGAAAACCUGACACUGGGGGAGCUGGUGUGACUGUGUUCACUGUUACAGAAAUCCUUCCCCGACCUUCAAAGGCUACAUACCUUUCAACAUUAUUCCAGUGAAAAUAGGGAAGUCCUAAGGAGAAGCAGGACAUUCUGGGAUCAAAUCAGAAACCGGGACAGCUUCUGUAAAUCUGGGACUGUCCCCGGAAAAUAGGGGCACUUGAGACUACCAGUUGACAAAAAUGCAUCUAUACAUCCUCACAAAUGGGUCUCACAAUAUUGCAAAAACUGCUGAGCAGGUACCACCCAUUUUGCCUUCUCCCUAAUGGUCUCGUUUUCUACUUGUAUGGAUUUUUAAAAAGAAAGGAUGGAGGAUUUUUUUUUAAAUGACCCCAUGAAGUGGUAACUAUUUUACUACUUCAGACGCAGGGAAAGGAUGUUUGCCAACUUCGUGCUCAAAUUCUACCAAAAUUGAGUGGUUGCAGAAUAAAACUUGCAAACUAAGGACUCAGCUAGAUUGGUAAAAAGUGUUUUAUAUGCGUUUUAUAUGUGAUAUAACACUGUAACACCAGAUGGCGCUGUGGAGUCCCAUCUUUUCCAACCGGAUUUCCCUGUAUGAGUUAACAAAAGAGUGUGCAAGAUUAAAAUAAAAGAUAUACAGAAAUACCUUUGGUUUGCUUGAUUUAGUUCUGAAUCCAACUUUCCCUCAAGUGAAAUUUGUCUUUUUAGUAGCAGCCAAAGCCAUAUUAUGUUGCAACACUGUUGCGUAAUGCUGUGCUUUAAAAACGAGGGGGGAAAAUAUUUGCUUUGACAAAUAGCAACUUCAAUGAUAUAUUGGCAGUUUCCCCAGAUAGUUCUUGCUUCAUCUGGACUUUUCUUCACCUGAGAGCCAUUGCUACAUAUUUUGUACAUGCGGGGUAGGGUCAUGAGAUGCAAUUCCCACACGAAGGUAGAGAGUGGGUGGAUCCAACAGGCCGUAAACCACUUUUAAGUGAUAUGGGGCUGGGAGGUACUAUAAUCAGAUUUUGCUAGGUCAUACUUGGAGUGGAUCUGCAGAAGGUAAGCUAGUAAUUUUUUCUUCACUGUUGUAUAAAUCGUGACUUUUCACAAACUAACCUGCAAUGUUAAUACCCUGUUAAUCUGCUGUGUUGCUGCUGUGCCAAAAUCUUAAUCACUUUUGGCAGAGUUAAAAGAGGGAUCGCAGGGAAAGAAGAGGUUCGUAUUUCAAGGUUGGCCGUAUUCCCUGGUGAAUGAAUAGUGGGGCCUUGAGCCAUGCCAUAGACUUUGAGCCCAGGGCAUGGCCUGGGGGAACAUGAUGCAGCUAAGCAAGUCUGAGUUUGAGCAACACCAGUUUCGGAGACUACCUAGGAACCCCAUGUACUACAACAGCUUACCUUUCCUGGUGCAGAACAAGCCAAUCUUUAAGAUCUUCCAAAGAGACCCUAGUGGUCAUUUCAUGACCAGCAAACAGUUAUCACAUGGUGACAAAAGGGUCUUCUCAGUGGUAGUACCCACCACUGGGAUGUCCUUCCUCAAGUCAUUUGUGAUUGCAUGUCUGACUGCACUCAACCUUCCCUUGUCUCUGUAUUCUAAAACUCAAGAGGACAAUAUAAACUUCCUCCCAUGGCUCCCAGUACUUCCGCUGUGUCAAUCAGUUGGUGAGGACCAGGUCCAAGAUAGAUUGUAUUAUGGGGUGGGCAGUAUCUGCCAACUAUUGGCUAAUAGUUAUUUAUUUUGCUAUCUGGUGGUGUGAGUGGUCACUUACUAAUUUUCUUAAACAGUUAAAUACAUACGGGACACUUCUUUUCAUAUAGAUACGCUGCUAUUUAUACAGACUGAUAUAUCAUGUUAUCUAAGUUUGAACUUGCCGAAACUACCAAUACCCCCAAGGAUUAAAUCUGACAUGUUUUCAUUUUAUUUCACUCCUAUAAAAUCCAGCUUGACCAAGCUUAUUACCCCUACUCCUGAGUUAUGCACCCAAACAGGCAACAAAAUAAGCUACAGCAGGAUUUUGAAACUUGACACUGGAAGUCUGCAUCAAUACCUGGCAUGGGUAUAAAGGAAUAACAAGGAACAAAGCAAUCAUGUUUCAAGAAAUAAAUAACUCUGCUGGAUGGAUGAGAGUGAGGGUGGGAAAAUGAAGUUGAGCAUCUUGGCUUCAGCUCUGCAAACGCAUUAUACAUAUAGAGAGCAAACAAGUCAGGAUUAACACUGACUGAUUUGGGUCAAUUGGCAAUCGGUUCUUAGAAAAGCCGCUUCCUUACAACCCAGCAUGACCAAGAAGCCAAAAUCAGUGUCAGGAGUGGCAUUCAGCAGGGUGAAGGAAGCAGCCUUAAUUUGGGGUGGGUCGGUGAGGGUAGGGGGAGAGCAGUGGAAAAAUGGGACUGGUGUCUGAAUGGUGCAAUAAGAUCUGUAACCGUGCUGGCCCUUGGGAUGGGCUCCACUUUAGGCAAUGGUAUGACUUGGGCCAGUGAUCAGCAUGAAGCCAUUCAUAUGAAAAGGUGGCACUACACCAGGCAUAGGUAAACUCGGCCCUCCAGAUGUUUUGGGACUACAAUUCCCAUCAUCCCUGACCACUAGUCCUGUUAGCUAGGAAUGAUGGGAGUUGUAGUCCCAAAACAUCUGGAGGGCAGAGUUUGCCUUAUGCCUGCACUACACUAUGUAGAUAGGAACAAACCUGGCACUGAACAUCUGGGGUCAACAAAGGCAGUGAGCAUGUUUAACCCCAACCCCAAUGGAGUCUAUGGAUGCAUUUGAUGGGGAACCAGUGGCCAUCCAAAUGUUGUUGAGCUCCCAACUCUCAUCAUCCCCGAGUAUUGGCCAUGCUGGCUGGGAGUUGAAGUCCAACAACAUCUGGAUGGCCUCAGGUCUCCCAUCCCUGCCAUAGCGAAGAAUAAAUUGUCACAUGGGGGGACACUGCUGUUAUGAGAAUAAGUCCUGAAGAGACCAACUUGGCUGUGAGUCCUGGAAGAUCUAUUCCCUGCCUUGUAGGCAUUUUCCACCUGGCCUGGGAAGGUGCAGUUCGGACUGACUCCAGCUGCAGAAGCUGAGGCUGCUGAACCGAUUCUUGGGCUGGGUACUGUUUUUGUUGGGGUGUGGGUUGUUGCUGCUAAUUUGUUUGUAUCUUUCUUUUAGAUCUUGUGAUUUAUGUGGAAAUGGUUUAGUUUGGCUGUGUGCUUUUUAACUUUAUUUAUUGUCUAGGACUACUGUUGUUAUGUUGCAGAUUUAUGAUUUUUUUUAUGUUGUAAUCUGCCUUGAGCAUGGUUUGAACUGUGGAAAUGUGGCAUACAAUAUGGAAGGUGGAUGCCUGACACAUUUGAGUCUGAAUGGUCCAGGCCUGACAGACCCCACAGCAGGGUGCAUUGUGACUUUGUACAGGGACAGACAAGGUCCCUGGGGAUGCCACAGUGUGUAAACCCUCCCUUCACCCCCACCUCAACUAGCAUGAUGGGAGCCAUUUUGCUACUACAGUGGUACCUCGGGUUACAUACUCUUCAGGUUACAUACGCUUCAGGUUACAGACUCCGCUAACCCAGAAAUAGUGCUUCAGCUUAGGAACUUUGCUUCAGGAUGAGAACAGAAAUCAUGCUCCAGCGGCGCGGCGGCAGCAGGAGGCCCCAUUAGCUAAAGUGGUGCUUCAGGAUAAGAACAGUUUCAGGUUAAGAACGGACCUCCGGAACGAAUUAAGUACUUAACCCGAGGUACCACUGUAAUAGUAUAAACCAGUGUUUCCAAACUUGGGUCUCCAGCUGUUUUUUAGACUACAACUCCCAUCAUCCCUACCUAGCAAGAAUAGUGGUCAGGGAUGAUGGGAAUUGUAGCCCAAAAACAGCAGGAGAUCCAAAAAAAUUUUUUUGGGGGGGGAAAUGCUGAUAUAAACUGGGACAUAGCGGGGGGGAGGGGGCUGUGUGCCUGUUCUCCCCUACACAGUUUGAGACUUCACCUGUUCAAAUGAAAGCCUGGAGAUAGCUCAGGCUUCCUCAGACUCGGCCCUACAGAUGUUUUGAGACUACAAUUCCAAUCAUCCCUGACCACUGGUCCUGCUAGCUAAGGAUCAUAGGAGUUGUAGGCCAAAAACAUCUGAAGGGCUGAGUUUAAGGAAGCCUGAGGUAGCUAAAUUCACACAUAAAUAGGCCCAGCAGUUGGUAUUAGCCGUGUCAUGCCGUAAUUGAAGCCAUAUAACCUCUGGUUGCUAUAUCCUGAGGACUAACAACAGGGCAUUGCUAUUAUACAAGCCCCCAUUGGUAAACACUCGGCAAAAUCUGGCUUGCCACCCUAGAUGGAUUUCCCAUAAGGGUCACACACCUCCUGUUCUCAUGUACAUAAAUACUUUAUCUGAAUCAACUAAGCUGCUGGCGUUGGCAGAUGUCAGAACUCUUGAUUUCCCAGAAUAUACUCCAACCCACUUCACAGUGGCCUUUAAAAAACUAAUUUCCUUAUUUACAGGAACAGGGUGAGCAGUUUAACACACAUAUAUCAUCAGAUUAGCCGACCUUUCCCACAUGGAUAAAUGUCACGUCAAACAUUGGGCAAUAAAGAGACUAGAGUGACCUGCCUAAUAAUCCCAUCAGUUAAGGUCUCAAAUUCAAACCUAUCAAGAUUUCUGCUUGACUCUGUCACCAUGAUUGUAACAUAGGUAGAGUUGUCCUCAUAGGUAUCCAUUUCUUUUACUCUUGUGCAGUGAUAAAAUAAUCAAAAACGGUGUUUCUCAAAUCCCCCCCCAUAUACUAAAGGGGCAGUCAGUCACCCGUAGGGUGUCCUGAACCCCUGGCCUACCUGGUGGCAAGUCACUGUGCCACGUCCAAAGCUCAAAGUCGAAGGGUCAAUCCAAACAAGUGAAGUCCAAAGUCUGAAGGUCAGGAAAUGAGGUUCAGUGUCCAUCCAAGUAGCCAAGUCUAAAGUCCAGCAAUCAUGGUACAGUCCAGAGUCAAACCCAAAUCACAGUCCUGUAGAAAUCCAGGAGCAUCCAAGUCAAGGACCCUCAACAUAGGCAGUUGAGCAGACACAGCACCUCAGUUCUGCUUACCUUUGGUGCCUUGCAUACUGAUUGCAGCACCUGGACUUGAUGAGCAAUAUGACCCUCACCUGUUCUAAGCCUACUCCAGCAGAGGAAUCACAAACAUUCUCCCAGAGCUAGCGAGCCCCACCUGGCCAGCUUGGGAACUGGGCUGUGGGCCCUUGCCUGCCUCAGCCUCCUAGAGCACAUCUCCCACUGUUCCCAAUGUCUCAGAGCUCAUUGAGUUCAUGGAGACAGGGGCCCCUCUGGCUCUGGUGACGGGUCCUCCUGCUUUGGUUCCUGUGCACUGACCCCCACCCUGUAAGGCCUUACACCAACCUCUCCAUCCCCAUCCCCUGCUUGCCCCAAUGUGUCCCAGUCCCAGCUACACCCCUCAGCAGGAGCCCCUUCCUCCUCCCUGUUGUCCUGCCAGUUCAUGGCAUCUGUCCACAGGUAGUUGGACUCCAGCUCUCAUCAUCCCCAAACAGCAUAGCCAAUGAUCAGGGAGCAUGGGAACUGAAGUCCAGCAACUCCUGGAGGGUCACAGGUCAAUUGCCCUCGCCUAUGGUGAACAUCUAGCAAACUUUCGAUUUUGUGGGGGAAACCACUCCAAACCGUUUCCAGGAAUGAAACUGAUGAUUAACUGGUUUUGCAACUGCUGACCUAGUUUGUUAUACACAUACAUCUCCACCUCUGUAAUGAAUCUGUUGCAAUGGAAAGAGCAAGCAGAUUUCUACUUCUUGCUAGCAGGGAUCAGCGAGUGCUUCCUGCUAACGGGCAUUGGCUGCAUACACACUGGACUUUUCAAGCACAUGAGUUCACCCAAACAAUCCUGGAAAUUUUAGUUCACCUUCAAAGAGCUACAGUUCCCAGCACCCCUUAAUAAACUACAGUUCCCAUGCGUCUUUGGGGCAAGUUAUGUGCUUUAGAUACAUGGUGUGUACCCGGCCAUUGAAUGGCUUGCUAGUAUGUCAAUACUGUGUGGGAGCCUACACAGAGAGAGCAGGCUCAACCACUGCAGUCUUCCAGCAGUGGAGGAAGACCAGUGGCCCACUUUCUCCUGCACACAUUUGACACUAAUUGCCUGAAGAGGACUAAUGUCUCCUGAGCAUUGUAGGUCAUGCUAGGACCUGCUGCCACAUUUCUGCUACUCCCCCCCCCGCGCAAAAAAAACCCCUCAUGCUCACUCUGAUUUGGGGUGGGGCAGUGGGAGUAAAUAGCAAUGUGCUCUUUGCAUGAAUUGAAACCUAUACCACGGGUGAAGUCAGGUUUACCCUUCUCUUGCUAUUUAUUAUUUUUAAAAAACCAUUCAUACAAGCAAUAAAGCACUGGAUAACAUGCCAUCUAGUUUGACCCUAACUGUGGCAAAUAAGCCUGAGAAAUCUGAAGAUCCUAAUCUAUGUUUUAAGUAUUUGCCUUGCAGAACUUGAAACCUGUGACCACCGCUGUAAGAUCUUGUUUCCACUUUAGCUUAGGAUAACAAUGGCCCAGUUAUGAGGUGGCAAAAUCUGAGUCAGACCAAACCAAACUAGACUGCAAGUGGGUGAUAGAAUUUGCCCCUGAGAAAAAAAGAUUCCUAUACACAAAUUCCUGGUGUGUGAGAGAAGACUACUGAGGACCUUUUUUGGCUGUGUGUGUGGAACUCUCUGUAGGGAAGAGGAUUCAGUCAUGUAAAGGUAAAGGGACCCCUGACCAUUAGGUCCAGUCGUGAACGACUCUGGGGUUGCGGCGCUCAUCUCGCUUUAUGUAAGCUCAGAUGUACUAUCUGGCAUGGCCCCAGGCAGAGAUGUCGCCUUCAACUAACUAUACAAAUACUGUUGUGCUUUGCCUUAGAUCUCAUCAUUGAGAAAUGCAACGCCAUGUCCUCUGCAUUCUUGUGCUGGGAGCGUCAUCGGUGAGAAUGUCAGAUCAGGAGCAAUGCAACUGUGAAGAGAAAGUGCCAGCCUGCACGGUUAUUCCUGGAAGCAAUGGAUUGCCAGGCAUCCCUGGGAGCAAUGGACUGCCAGGAAGAGAUGGGAAGGAAGGUCCUCAAGGUGAAAAAGGAGAGCAAGGUAUGGCAUAAGGAAUUUCCAAGAGCUAUCCAAUGGUAGUCAUAAAAUCAUAGAACUGUAAAGUUGGUAAGAACCUUGAGGGCUAUAUAUUCAACUCCCUGCAAUGCAAAGAUCUCAACUAAAGCCAUUUAUGACCCUAGGGAGGAGGUGGGGUUGCGGGCUUCCCGCCCCCAACUCCCGCACGGAGGCUGGCUCUCAGCCUCACGCGUACAGGGGGCUGGCUCAGGGGGUGUGGCUUGCCGCUCUUAAGGCGGUAAUCUUAAUGACACAUUACCAUCCAAUGAAGGAGAGACCACAUCCUCCCUCGGGAUUCCAUUCUACUGUUGAACAACUCUUACUGUCAGAAAGUUCUUCCUGAUGUUUAGCCGGAAUCUCCUUUCUUGUAACUUGAAGCCAUUGGUUUGAGUCCUACCCUCCAGAGCAGGAGAAAACAAGCUUGCUCCAUCUUCCAUGUGACCUCCCCUUAGAUAUUUGAAGAUGGCUACCAUAUCUCCUCCCAUUCCUCUUUCCCAGGCUGAACAUACCCAUCCCCCUCAAUUGUUCCUUAUAAGGCUUGGUUUCCAGACCCUUGGUUGCUUUCUCAGUAUUAGGAGGAAAUCAUAGCUCAGUGACAAAGCACAUACCUGGCAUGGAAAAGGCCCCAUGUUCCACCUGUGGCUUCUCCACGCAAAAGGGAUCUCAAAUAACACGACUAGAAAAGACUGCUGGUCCCUCUCCUCCAAAGAGGUGGAACAUAGAGCACACUUGGGCAACAAUGAAGACCCCCAGUUUGCCACAGAAUGUCCUUUCAAAUAACUAUUUGUUGGUGUAGUCAUAUGUUUAACUAUAACCCAAGAAUGCCCAUGCAUUAUGUUGCUCAUUUGUUCAUCUUUUUCUGUUUAUCCAUUGGAUUAAAUGACAGGUUUACGAGGAAUGCAGGGACCCCCAGGAAAAGCAGGGCCUCCUGGCCUUAAAGGGGAAAGUGGUCAGAAAGGUGACUGUGGAGGAAAAGGUAAGGGAUGUGGACAACUGCAGACACACACAAGCCAAGAGAUUUUACUGAAAUUUGUCUGGUUCCAUACACAAGGCUAAUAAGAAUCUAAACUUUGUGGUUCCAUACGAAAAGUAAAACAUUCCAAACGAUGGGAGAGGAUAUGUCUUUAUUGAAAUAUAAGUGUAUUAAAGUCUAGAGUUGCUUUAGAUAUCUGUCUUAAUUAAAAUGGCCAAUUGAUUACAGCUGCAAAAUCAGUCUGGUUAAACUGAGGCUUUGUACUCCCAUGAUUCUUUAGAACUGCUACUUCAAUCAACAACAGAAAUGUUUCAUUUAUUGAUUCAAGCAGAUUCUAGUUGAUGGAAGCAAACAGUCUCAUAUAAAGUCCCAUGUGACACUACCAAUUCAUACACAUACACAUGAGCUGGGAUAGCUCAGCCUGUAGAACAUGAGACUCUUAAAUCAGAGGGUUGUGGGGCUGAGUCCCACCUUGGACAUAAGAUUCCUGCAUUGCAGGGGGUUGGACUAGAUGACUCUUGUGCUCUCUUCAACUUUACGGUUCUAUGAUUCGAUGAGCAAGGAAGUAUGGUGCCAUUUUUCUCAGCCUGCUAUGAUUCUGGCCUCAACAUCACUAUGGUUAGGUAAGGGAGGUGGGUGGAGUCUCUGAACCAGACCUGACCUGAUUUGUUAUAGUUUGAAAAUAGUUUCCUUGUUCCUUGAUGGAUGGUUCAUUGUGUACACUAUCAACUUUAUGCAUCUGAUGAGGUGAGCUCUUCUGAACCACAAAAAUGCAUGCGACAUUACAUUUGCUAGUCUUUAAGUUCUGCCAAGACAUUGCUGAUUUUGCUGCAAAGACUAACACUCUUCUGGAAUUAAGACAAUGAGAAACUGAAUGGGGCAGGGAGAAGGUCAAUGGUGGAUUUGAGAUUUGUCACUUCUGAAGCAGAUUCUUCCUUUGUAAUCUUUUAUACUUUAACACAAACAGAACAAGAACAAUACUGUCCUUUUGCCUUUUAGAACUUGAGCUGCUCAAAACUCAAAUCAGUGAUUUACAAGGAGAGCUGAAGGCUUUGCAGCUGACUGCAAGCAAAACCCAGAAAGGUAAACUAGUUGUUUGUGUACCUUGAUGAAAGAUGUACGGGUUGCCAUUAAUAUCAUCCUCUGACAUUACACAGUCUUUAAUGCAACCAAACCACUCAUUUGAGCAACUAAAUGUACAGCAAUUGCUGUAUGGAUCAGGCCCAGGUCCUAAAUUUGGGCUAUUAAUGACGAAAGCACAUUUGAAAUAAUUAAUUUUGAUUGUAUUGUCUGUUAGCCAUUCUAGGUUACAUUUUCUCAAACAGCACAAGAGUAGGAGGGAAACUAUUUGUGACUAAUGGAGAUGAGGGUGAUUAUGAGACUUCAAAAGCGACGUGUAACCAUUUUGGUGGCCAGGUUGCUUCUCCAAGGAAUGAAAAUGAAAACAACGCUGCACUGAAACUCUCUGCAAAAACGGGAAGAAAAGUAUUUUUUGGAAUGAAUGACCAGGAGACAGAAGGCAUCUUCAAGCAUCUUAAUGGUGAAACAAUGGAAUAUUCAAACUGGGCACCAAAAGAACCCAAUGGGGUGGAAGAGGACUGCAUAGAAUUGUAUCCAGAUGGCAAAUGGAAUGACAUCUCAUGCAAUGUGGCUCGGUUAAUAAUGUGCGAAUUUUGA